GACCGAAACUUCGGUUCCAGACAUUAAAUUUACAGGAGAUGCACUCUCUUAAUGUGAUAAUUCCCUCCUUGGGAAUUACCCUAACGUAAAGGACUUGGGUAAUUCCAGCAGAAGAAGGCGGCAGCACUGAUUGUAAGGCAUAUUAGCCAUAACCUCGACAGCAUAGGCAUUUUAGAGAUGGCAACGUUUCUUUUGCUAACGAGAUAGCCGAUUCGAAAAUAUUGCCGGGGCACAGUCUACAAUAAAAAGUUGUUAUCCUAUGGUAUAGUGUUAUGUUGAUAGUGUUAGAUUAAUUAUAUGAUUUGUUUCUCUAGAAAUAUCAAACUCUUUUCUCCGAGGAUUUACAACAUUUGCUUAAGUUUUCAACAUAGAAUUAAAAUGGCAGAACCAAAUAAGAAAUUAUGCAUGGAAAAGAUAAAAAUUGGAACUCAUAAUGGAACCUUUCAUUGUGAUGAAGUAUUGGCUUGUUUUCUUUUGAAAUUACUUCCUAGAUAUAAGGACGCCACUAUCAUUAGACUAACAAGCAUUAGGCAUUGAUUAAAAUGUGUUACU